AUGGGUUCUCAACUCCGGAAAGUGGUCAUCCUGCUUGGAGUCUUUUUUCUACCUAUUAAAGGUGCUGUCUGGAAUCCUGAAGUGGCAUCUAUCAACAUUUUACCACGAUUUGCUGAGCCAAUUCCAAACGUUACAGUAGUUCUCGGCAGAGAUGCAGAGAUUCCAUGUGUGGUGGAUAACCUAGGGUCAUAUCGAGCUGCCUGGAUCAAAGUGAAGACGAAAGCAAUAUUGACCAUUUAUCAUCAUGUUAUUACAAGGAAUUAUCGGAUCAGUCUUAAAGACAGCGACAACAGAAACUUCUUGCUACACAUCAAGGACGUCCAAGAGUCUGAUAGAGGAGGGUACAUGUGUCAGCUGAACACUAUUCCUAUGAUAAGUCAAGUGGGCUACCUCGAUGUUCUAAUUCCACCGGACAUUAUAGUGGACAAAAGUACGUCUGAUAUGGUCACUAGGGAAGGCUCCAAUGUCACUUUGGAGUGCAAGGCUAGAGGCUACCCAGAACCAAGUAUAACUUGGAGAAGAGAAGAUGGUGAGCCGAUCCCCCUAACACAGGGGACCGGUCAGAAGAUCAUAAAUAUUAGUCACGAAGGUGAGAAGCUGAGCAUAACACGUGUCACAAGACUACACAUGGGAGCCUAUCUCUGCAUAGCUUCGAACGGUGUUCCUCCGUCGGUCAGUCGAAGAAUUCUGCUCCAUGUUCAUUUUCCUCCAGUCCUCUGGGUUCCUAGUCAGUUAGUUGGAGCUCAACUCUGGCAAGAUGUUACGUUAGACUGCCAUGCCGAGGCUUAUCCACAAUCCAUCAACUAUUGGGAUCGAGAAGAUGGCAAGAUGAUAAUUUCCAACGAGAAAUACAAAGUUACCUUAAAAUACAAGUCGUAUAAAGUCCACAUGAGGUUAACGAUUCGGAACAUUCAAAAAGAGGAUUUUGGAGCAUAUAGCUGCUUGACAAGAAACUCACUAGGCAUGACCGAAGGAUCGAUAAAACUUUAUGAACUUUCGCCACCGACGUCAGCUGUAUCAAACGACGCAGCUGGUGGUUUUAAGCUAAUAAACGGUGAUUUUCCGAAACAUCAAAGUCUAGGCUCUGAGAAGUCCUCCAAGGGAUUUCAAAAUGGAAACAACAAGCUAGGGCCGCAAGCUGGAACAAGUGGUUCUUCAGCGGUUAGCUUUCAGCGUUCUAUGCUGCUUUCCUAUCUAGUAAGGAUAUUGGCUAGCCACGUGUGGAAGAUUACAUGAUUUGUGUCUGGUGUCCAUUAUAGGAGCUGUGGUAAAAUAGAUACAUAUUCUGCUUGUGCCAGACUAAUAGAUGCAGUUCUUUAUUUUUUUCUGUCUUAUUUACCAGACAAGACAAAAGCCAACUCUUUCAUGCUCAAGAUUUAGAAGGAACUCAAAUAGACCUAGUAUCCGGCCAUAAAUGCCAUUUCCAAGGAAGAAAAACAGAAAAUGUUCAAUGUGAACCUAAAACUGGAGUAUAAGCUACUGCAACAGAAAGAAAAUUAACUACCAAACACAAGAAAGAUUACAGAUCCAAUGUUGACGAAGAUACAAAUUAAACUGUACGAUGUUGAAAAAAAUUAUGAGCAUCAUUUAUUAAGUCGAAUAUGCUACUGCCUGUAUUGAAUUACAAAAAGCAUAUGAAAAGUAAUCUUUAGCGUAAUCCAAUAACUGAACCUAACGUUGUAAAUCCUUUUAUUACUAAUAUGUUGACACUAAGAUGUUCU